CUUUGCAAAUCUUUGAGUGCUAUUUUCUUCCAAUUCUGCUUUUGCUAUAUUCUCCUCAUCAACAAAACCAUAAUGACAACUAUCCUGCUUUUGCUUGGGCUGUUUUUGCUUGGUCUCAGACUCACAGGGGUGCAAUCUAUCGGAGUCUGUUAUGGGCUAAAUGGCAACAACCUACCCUCCAAACAGGACGUUAUAAAUCUUUACAAACGAAAUGGCAUCCAAAGAAUGAGAAUUUACGGCCCAGAUCCUGAAGUGCUCAAUGCUUUAAAAGGAACCAAUAUAGAACUUCUUGUUGAUGUUCCCAAUGAAAGCAUUCAAGACGUUGCAACCAAUCCUUCAGCAGCUGCGAAUUGGGUUCAAAACAACAUCAAAAAAUAUUCACCAGCUGUGAAAUUCCGAUACAUAUCAGUUGGAAAUGAAGUACCUGUUGGUUCUGCCGUUGCUCGAUAUGUUGGUCCAGCCAUGGAAAAGAUACAGAAAACAAUAGCAUCAGCAGGCCUUCAGAACCAAAUCAAGGUUUCAACAUCAAUACUUACAGGUCUAGUAACCAAUUCUUAUCCUCCCUCACAUGGUUCAUUUUCGAACGAAGCUAAACCAUUCAUUAAACCUAUAAUUAAUUUCCUAGUCCAAAAUAAUGCACCAUUGCUAGUCAAUGUGUACCCCUACUUCAGCUAUAUUGGUAGUAGAAACACUAUUCCACUGGAUUAUGCAUUGUUCACCUCACAAAAAACGGUUGUUCAAGAUGGUAAAUUGGGAUAUCAGAACCUUUUUGAUGCAAUGUUGGAUGGUCAUUAUUCAGCUCUAGAAAAAGAAGGCGGUUCUAAGGUAAACAUUGUUGUGUCGGAAACUGGCUGGCCAUCUGACGGGAAUCCUCCUGCUGCAUCAUCUGCAAACGCAGGCACUUACUACAAGAAUGUGAUUCGCCAUGUUAUGAGCGGGAAAGGGACUCCAAAAAAGCCUGGAGGAGGCAUAGAAACUUAUUUAUUUGCCAUGUUUGAUGAGAACCAGAAGCGUGGAGAGGAGACAGAAAAACAUUUUGGCCUUUUUUAUCCAAAUCAACAGCCUAAGUAUGGAAUUAGUUUCAAAUAAUUCAAGGGUCAAACGUGUACCAGAAUAAACAUCGUCUGAAGAGCUUUUCCUGUACUUGUCAUAUGAUGUAUAUACUACUUCUUGAUGAGGAAAUUGAGAAGAGAUAUAAAAGUUAUAUAGCAAUAAAAGCUCCACAGCGAUGCUUUUUUUUUUUUUGUUAUUGUAAUAAGAGUUUAUCUCAAGAGCAUGGAUCAAGAAAGAUAUAUAUCCUCUUGGUCUUUGUCGUGA